AUGGCGACGACCCGCGUGAGCCUGCUCCUCCUGCUAGCAGUUGCGCUCGCCGGCUCUGUUGCCGGGGCAUCGGCCUUCACCUGCACGUCGGGUCCUUGCUACAACGGCACGGCCGCUUUCUACGGCGACGCCGACGGCGCGGGGAAUGAAGCUGGAGUAUGCGGUUACGGGCCAGCGGUGGCCAAGCCGCCGUUCAACGCCAUGGUUUUUGCAGCAAGAGAUUACUCGCGGACCGCCGUGGGAUGCGGCAGAUGCUUCAACAUAACCUGUCGACACCCCGUGUGCAAUCCUGAUGGAGUCACGGUAACGUUCGCCGACUACUGCAGCGGCGGACCGUGCGUCGACAACGACGUCAUUGAGAUGAGCGGCCACGCGUUUUCCGCGAUGGCCCUGCCGGGCCGAGAAUCCGAGCUGCGCGCGUCACCCACUGUUCCUGUAACUUACCAACUAGUUGACUGCCGCUACUCAUCCAGCAUGGCCUACCUCGUCGACCCGACCGCGACACCGGAGCGCUUCACUGUCGUACUCCUCUAUGUGCCAGGGGAUGCCUACCCCGGCCUGCUGACUGUUCACUUCAAAGAUGAGUCGAGCGAGGACUGGGUGGAUGCUGAUCCCGUUGGUCGCUAUAGGCUCCCCAAAUUCACAGCCACUAGGAAGAUGGUAGCCCCAAUUACGAUCAAGGUGGAAGGUCACUAUCUGAUUGGGCCAGCGCCGGAGAACCCCACCUGGAGUGUCACGGCGGCAGAUGUCAUCCCCGUCGGCUGGCACGGGGGGAAGACCUACUACGCGGCCUGA